AUGAUCCGGUUCCGACUUGCGGAUGAUGAGAACCAAAUCUGCCGCAUCGCCGCCAAGCUGGCCGAGGGCAAGACCGACCCAUACUGCAUCGACUGGGCAAAGUCGACCGAGCCGUUUUGGCUCAUCCGCCGGGGGCCAUUGAGCCGCGAAGGUCUUCUGAUUGGCGUGCGACGGGAGAGCAUCUUCCUCAUCGGCUGCGACUACAACUUGAGAAGGCAUCGAACUCAGCCGGAAUGCGAGGGAUUCGUCCUCGACGAGGUCCCGUAUCAUGAGGACCUGACGCAAAAGGAGUGCUUGGCGAUUGCACUGGAAGAGCGGGCGAAGGUGUACCCGCCGGACACGGUCCCGAUGCGCGAGCGUGCCAUCGAUCGUCUGCUGUGCCCGCAGUUCGAUUGGGGCCCCUACCACAAGGCGUACAAGCUGACGUUCGAAUUGCCGUCGCGCGACGACCCGAUUCUCGCCGCCUACCGCGCCCUAUUUGCUGCUCGUCUU